UAUUUUUUUUUGAAUAUCAGUGAAAGUUUCUGUGCCACAGCUUUCUACAGGGAUUAAAGAUGCCCUACAAUCAGGGACUGAAAAUGCUGAUGACCUCAAUGGCCUUGUUGGGCUUGACAUGUGAUCUAUUCAAGUCAUCUGUAUCCAGCCACAACUUGUUUGGCUUGUCAGCAAAACAAGUAGUUCUUGGCAACCUGCUGUACAGAACAGAGUCUGCUGUGCUGUUACCAAUUACUGGAAAGCCAGACCUCAAGAGAGACUUGUCAUCAAAUGUCAUUCCCCUCAAUACUGGAAACAAUGUCUUGACUUCCAAGAAAGCAGACAAUAGCCUGCAGAACUGCUUUAUUUGCAGAAGGAUGCACUACCAUGACUCUGAAAAGUCAAGUUUGAAGAAACAGUCAAUAAAAGGAGCUAUCAAGAGCUCUUCUCACAAUUCUGGAGUCCCAGGUUAUGCUAUACAAAGCAGAACCCCGAGUAAACCCGGCGCCACACCGGCAUCACCACCACCAGUCGCGGAACUCGUCGUGUCUCGUCAGUACCACCGCUGCCGCCGCCGCCCAACACCGCCAUCACCGCAGACAAGUGGCGGUCAUCUUCCGAACCUCGUCCUCCAGAAGCGCCAACCGGAGCAACAGCAGCAGCAGCCCGUGCCUGCGAACCAGGCGCCAUUGCCGGACCAGCCGCCGCCAGUUCCGUUGCAGAUAGGAGGCGAGGAAAAGCCGGGAGCGUGCAGCGACAUCUACCCGCAGAAAAAAGUAAUCAAGACAAAGAAGAAGCAUCGGCGCGUCUUGGUGGAGUUGUCACACAAGGUCCCUAAGCAGCAGCAGCAAUGCAGUAAUGCAACAGGAAACGGCUCAUGGGGUAAGUGGGCACCAGCACUGGUGUUACUGGUUUUUCUCAGAGAGGUUCACAUGAAACCCUUUGGACCAGACCAACUCAAAGAGGACCAUUCAGUGAACAUCAGGAUUGAUGGGAAUUCUCAGCAGCAAGUUGAUGGGUCUUACAAUCUGGACCUUGUGCGGAAAGAUGGCACUAGGCAACAGAUAGCCUCCAGUGGACCAACAGUGCAAGGCAUCUAUGAGUACACUGAUGAGCGUGGGGAGAAGAAAAGAGUCAAUUAUGAGGCCAGUCGCGAGGGGGGCUUCAGGAUCCUGAACCCUGACCAGGCACAGGGACUGAGGGAAUUCCCUGCUGACCCCAGUGGACCCCUGAGUGUGACCCUCAGCCAGUCCCACAUUGCAGCUCUGGAAUUCCACAAGAGCACUGUGGAAAAGGCAUGGCGUGAACAGGAGAUGCAUUCCAGAGGUGCUGCUGCUCUGAAAGAUAAAUUCGGCGGAGGUCACAUCAACGCGUCUCUGCACCGUGAAAAGGACCCCAAGUCAAACGCGGUCAAGUCCGUGUUCCGCAAGGAAUUCAGGGACUCCCAGGGUCGCCUCAGGGGGUUUCAACAGGCCCAUUCCGUGGUGCACGCUGUCAACACAUCCGCUGUUAACGGAUCCAUGCCGUUUCUUCUGCCACCCGGCGGGCGACAUCUAGACGAGAAUGGAUUCAACAUCGGGAACAUCAUGGACAAAAUCCGAGAGUUCCACCAGUCCUUAUUUGGCGCCGGUGCUGGUGGUGAUGGCGGUGGUGGGCCAAUGUUUGGCGGCAUGGGUGCUGAUGGGAAUGGCACCGGGGUUAUUGGCAUGGGGGGUAACAGAAAGCCAAGCGAUUUCCCGUUGAUGAAUCCAAAUGUGGCUGAUCCGCACAUGAUGCCGAUGUUGCCUUGAUGACCAGGCUUUGUAUUGGUGGAAAAUAAAUUGAAACCUUAUUGCAUGAUGACAAUGGAAA